AUGCCAAAGCAAGAUAGCAUAUUCCUCGACGUUCAAACGUACCUUAAAAAUGCCACUCCAAAGAGGAUAUCAUCUGCUGUUUUGGUCGUUGGCGCAAUCGUACUCGUUUGGCAUUGGGACGAGUUGAGAUACAUUUCAAUCGCGUCUGUCAGGAUAGGCAGAGUGAGCAUUGCGGCAACGAAGGCGGUUCUGGAUUACAAAAAGACGUAUGGAAAGGAAUAUUCAUCGGAAAUAGAGAAGUUGGAAGCUAUCUCAGCAUGUCAUACUCGUGCUGCUGGAUACACACUAAAAGCACUAUUGGCGAAUGGUGGGGUUUUCAUCAAGCUGGGCCAGCACAUUAGUUCAUCCAUUGUCUUGCCAAUAGAAUGGCAAGUGACAAUGCGGCCUUGCCUGGAUUCUUGCGAGCAGUCUAGCCUGAAAGACGUCGAGCAGGUCUUUUUCGAGGAUACGGGGAUGAAGAUAGAAACUAUUUUUUCAGAGUUCGAUGCGGAACCUAUCGGAGUCGCAAGUCUGGCACAAGUUCAUGUCGCUGUGCAUCGUGCGACCGGCCAGAAGGUAGCCGUCAAGAUUCAACAUCCCGGCCUUCAAGAGUUCGCAUCAGUCGAUUUAGUAACCACUGACAUCACCCUCCGAGUGGUCAAGCGUUUGUUCCCCGACUUCGAGUUUUCAUGGCUUGGACGAGAAAUGCGAGAGAACCUACCAUUGGAAAUGAACUUUGUCCAUGAAGCUUCAAAUGCUGCCAGGGUGUCGCAUAAUUUUGAAUCAGUACCAAACUCUCCCCUCUAUGUCCCCAAGGUCCUAUCCGCGACCAAGCGGACACUAGUCAUGGAGUUCGUAGAGGGAGCGAAAAUAAACGACAAAGACUUCUUAGCUAUUCAUGGUAUAGAUAGAAACCGAGUAUCACAAGAGAUAGCGAAAAUAUUCUCGGAACAAGUCUACAUUCACGGUUUCUUCCACGCGGAUCCUCAUCAAG